AUGUUUAAUUUAAUUUUGAUAUUUAUAGUCCUUGAUUGUCAACUUGUCAACACAAAGAAUACAAUUUUAUUUCCUUAAAAUAGUUUCUAGAUUUUUCAAUAACAAUGGGUCAACUGUUAAAAUACAAGUGAUAUUAUUAAACCAUAAUUUGAUGAACCUGUUCGGAUUCCUAUUACGUAUAAUAAACCACUCUGCCUAUAUGAUAUAUUUUUAUUUGAUCUAAGUGAACCCAUGAGUUUCUAUUAUUUUACGUUCAACCGAACAAUAGAAAAUGAUGAUUUGUUGAUAAUAAAUAUUGAUGGAGAGAGUUAUACUGUCACUUAAGAAACUGCCACUGAUAAGUUUGUACUUAUAAGACAUAAACGAUUAUGCAGCUAUAAUAGUAUUGAAUUUUAGCUGCGAUCAAAAUCUAAGGAUUUGGGUUUAAUAAACUAUUUAAUUUUCAUAUCAUAAAACUAAAGUGCCGAUGACUAUAGCUAAGUUUUACGAGAAUAAUAAUAAUUAUUAUUAUAAUAAUAAUAUUUCGAUAUUAAAAAAGAAUAUUAAAUUACUCAAUAUAAUUUAUAAACAAAGAAUUAGGAAAUAAUUAAUUCUAUUUUAUAUUAUAAAGGAGUACUAUCAUUUUAAGGACUUGAAUUCAUCAGUUCAUGUUUAUAUUUCGAUGCAUACAAUUUUUAUGAUAAAAUGAAUUGUUAUAAUACAAAAGUUGGAGAAACUAUUGAAUUUGAAUGCAAAAUAGAUAUCGCUAGAACAGAAAGUUAUAGUUAGAUCAAAAACUUAAGUAAUCUAAUUUUAUCAGAAUAUACAUUUAAUUUUCACACACCUUGUUUCAAUACAUUUGAUUAAAAAAUGGUAUUUUAAACAAUUUAAUAAAUAUCUGAGAGUAAUUUCUCGAUAGCUAGUUAUGUACAAGAAUAAAAAUUUGGUAUGUAGCAUCAAAUCAAUCUAAAUUAUGAACUUCAAAUAAAUCAAGAAAAAAAUCCAAUAGAAAUAAGAUUAAAUCUCAAUUAAUCUUAAAUUUGUGUAGAACAAUUUGAGGAGGCAGUUCUUACAAUAAAAAAUAACCAGGGAGAAAUAUUCAAAUGCGAAUUAUAUAAUAAUAAUAACUGCUUAAGUUAUAAUUAUAAUAAAUGUUCGUUUAUUGUCGAUUUCGACUUUAAGGAUGAUGUUGGAUAUAUUUUUAAUCUGACAGCAAUCAUCUAAAGGACUGAUAACAGCUAUCCAAAUUUUCAAUUUGUUUUAAUUGAUGUUGAAUUAAAAGGUGGUCCAGUGUUUCAAGAACAAGAUUACAACUUUGUUUUUGUAGCAAUCCUUAUAUUUCUAUACUUCGGUAUGCCUAUGAUUUGCUUUCUGAUAUCCACUUCUACUCUAAAAAUAUCUUUGUACAAUAGCUGGUUCAGGGAGAUCUACAAUUAUGAAUAGAAUGCUCUAAAAACUUGA